UCGGGCACUCAUUCUCUAUCUGAAACACUCUCUCUAAAACACUCUCUCUCUCUCUCUCUAACUUUCCCACUUUCGAACGGAAUAAAAUAUUUUUCAAUCUGUAAAGGAGACAGAGACCCACAGUGAGACACACUGUUUCAGCACUUUCUGUGUUUAUCUGCUCUCUCUCUCCCUCUGUGCUCCUUUCAUGGUGCGUUUGAGAGACUUUUUGUCUUUGAGGUUUGAACUUCGUCUUCUCUGUUUCUUUGCGCACACUCAAAGCGACGCCGUUUGACCGUUACACAAGUCUGCUUUAUUGCCUUCGUUCUCUGAACUUUCUUAUUCGUUGCUUUAUACGAAUACUUUCUCGCGAUUUAAAAGCCUUUUCUGUUUGGUUCUCUUGAAAGUUGUGGGGAAUGAAGACAAUCAAUUGUGUUUCUGUACUGUCAGACCCAAAGAGUAGAUCCUAUUUCUGCAGUCUCUUCAUUACAGUUUCUUUGAUAUGUGGUGCUUACAUCAUUGGGAGUGCAUUCCUGGCGAAUGAUUAUAAAAUAUCACUGAGAGUGGGCAUGAAUGCUGAUACAAGGCAUGGAGCAGAAUCAAAUAAUUGCAAGAAUCAAUGCAGGCCUUCUGGAAGCGAGGCAUUGCCCGCAGGAAUUGUUGUCAAAACUUCUAACUUGGAAAUGCGCCCUUUAUGGGGCCCCAUUGCCGAUAAAAACAAAUCAAAGCAUUCAGCGAGUCUGUUGGCUAUUGCAGCUGGAAUAAAGCAAAAAGAAAUAGUGAACCAAAUUGUUAAAAAGUUCCAUGAGAAUGAUUUUGUUGUGAUGCUUUUUCAUUAUGAUGGUGUUGUCAAUGAAUGGAGUGACUUGGAGUGGAGUGGGCGUGUCAUACAUGUCUCUGCCAUGAAUCAAACAAAAUGGUGGUUCGCCAAGCGUUUCUUGCAUCCAGAUAUAGUUGCUGAAUAUGAUUAUAUUUUUCUCUGGGAUGAGGAUCUUGGAGUCAGGAAUUUUCACCCAGGACGGUAUAUAUCUAUUGUUAAAGAAGAAGGACUUGAAAUAUCACAGCCUGCGCUUGAUCCAGUAAAAUCAGAGGUGCAUCAUCAAAUUACUGCACGGAUGAGGAGAUCAAGAGUGCACAGAAGGAUCUACAAGUCAAGAGGCAGCGCAAGGUGUGAUGCUAACAGCUCAGCACCUCCUUGCAUAGGUUGGGUAGAGAUGAUGGCACCUGUGUUCUCGAGAGCAGCCUGGCGAUGUGUGUGGUAUAUGAUCCAGAAUGAUUUGAUCCAUGCAUGGGGCCUUGAUAAGCAGCUUGGUUACUGUGCACAGGGUGAUCGGACAAAAAAGGUUGGCGUGGUUGACUCUGAAUAUAUAGUUCAUUUGGGUCUUCCCACUCUUGGUGCUUCAGAUGGAAACAAGUUGACUGAUGAAGCACCUGAUCAUUUUUCUCAAACAAAACACUUGCCAGAUUCAGAUGCAUCGGAAACUUCUAUUGUGCAUAAAGUUGAUAAUAGACCUGCAGUGAGGAGACAGUCCUUCAUCGAAAUGCAAAUUUUUAUGAAAAGAUGGAAUAAUGCGACGGAGGAGGAUAAAUGUUGGGUUGAUCCAUAUCAACAACCUGCAAAGCAAAAAAGCCAUUGAUGUAGUAUAUAAAUUACACUUUACAGGGCCUUGUCAAACUAAGCAGAGUCCCAGGAUGUGAUCUUACUACAUCCUGUGCCAUACUCAACCAUACAAACCUCAAAGAACUGAACAUACUUGCAAUUUUCCAGGGGAAGUGAUAAAUCUCAAAGUCUUGGAAGAGUUUCGGAUGCCAGAUGGUGCUGUGUAGAUAAAUGCUGAGCAGAUGUUUUUCCCUGGCUGGGAUGAUUUACUCAUCUUCCUUUCUUGUAAUCACAUCAUUUAUUCAUUGAAAAUAAUAGAAAUGAUGGUAUGCCUGGCAAAAUAAUUUCAGGCAACCCACUAUUUUUUUUUUUUUUUUAAUUUUUGGAGGGGUUGAUUUUUGAUCCUUAAAUUUUCAUUGUAAAUACUCUUUGGUUUAAAAUUAUUAUUUUGGUGAUGAUGCUCACAUUUCAA